AUGGCGGACUUCACACCGCCGCCUCCCAUACAAUCACAACCACAGUCGCAGCAACAGUCGACACAAAACCAAACCCGAAAUCGACGGCGAAGAACCCCGCGACCACCACGAGAAGGUCCACAGGCCUCGGUUGAGUCGUUAGGACACGGUUCAGAGGGUCACGCUACCGCUGAUAAUACCCACUCCUCUUCCUCCAUUGCUACACCAGCCUUUGGAGCAGCGGGAAGCUCGAGACCAAAUCAAUCGAACAGAAAUUCGGGAGAUCCUAGUAGAAGAGAUAGGACGAACGCUAGCUCCGGAGAUUCCAGGAGAGAUAGGGAAUCAACGUCGAGCUCUAAUAGAGGGAAUAGAAGGGGUGGAAGAUAUGGUCAGACUAUCCGACAUCCUCGGACUGGAGCUUCACAGUCACAACUACAGUCACAAUCAGGACAAGGAGAACCGACGGGAACACAAGACCAACCUUCGUCCACAAAUGCUGCAGCUAGAGGAAAUACGGCCAGACAAAGAGCCCGUCGAGGCGGCAACUUUGCUUCCGGCGGCCGUCAAUUCGGUGGCCAAUUGACCCGUCCCGAAGCUACAAAUCAAACCGAAGAAGGAGAAGAUGGAGGAGAAUCAUCUACAGUUCUCCGCCCAGAGGCUAGUACAUCCACAUCAGGCCAACCUUCCACCGGGAAUGCCCAACCAACAAUAGUAAUCGAAUCCACUACUCCAUCAUCUUCAACGACAAAACCUCGUCGCCACCGAGGUGCCCAUAAGCCUCCGGCUACUCUCCGAGAAGCUGAGACCUUAACUACCCGAAUUCACACCGAAAUCUCAGCUGGAGAAUACGAAUGCAUGAUCUGCUACUCCUCCGUUACCAGAAAAUCAAAGAUCUGGGAUUGUUCCACCUGUUACGCCGUAUUCCAUUUACACUGUAUUAAAAAAUGGGCAAAACAGGCAUUGGAUGUUCCCUCAGCCUCAAAUGACGAAAUUGUUCCGCAGAGAACAUGGCGUUGCCCUGGAUGCCAAAGUACUAGUACUGAAGCUCCAGACAGGUAUACAUGUUGGUGUGGUAAAACGGACUCGCCGGAAGUAGCGAGAUUUGUACCGCCUCAUAGCUGUGGGCAGACGUGUAAUAAACCACGGGAGCCGCUUGCGGGGAAAACUAACGCUUGUCCGCAUGGCUGUGAUUUGCAGUGUCAUGCUGGACCUUGUCCGCCUUGUGGAGCUAUGGGGCCCCAGCAGCCAUGCUUUUGUGGGAAGGAAGUGAGCGUUAAGAGGUGUUUGGAUACAAAUUAUGAGAACGGAUGGAGCUGUGGGCAGGUUUGUGGGGAUGUUAUGCCCUGUGGGGAACACUUUUGCGAGAGAGGGUGUCAUGGUGGAGUUUGUGGUGGGUGUGAAGUUGUGGAAGUUUUGAAAUGCUAUUGUGGGGAGACGGAGAAGGGGAUCAAGUGCUGCGAUAAGCUUGUGGGGAAGGCAAGUCGAGAGGUUGUAGAUGGGGAAGAGAAAAACUGGGAAGGAUUCUGGAAGUGCGAGAGGGUUUGUGGGAAAUUAUUCGAUUGUGGAGAGCAUAGGUGUGAGAAAGGUUGUCAUUCGGCGGAAGAGGAGGAACCACAUUGUCCAUUUUCGCCGGAUGUCAUUAAGUUUUGUCCAUGCGGAAAGACAGAACUCGGGGAGGAUAGGAAGAGGGAGAAGUGUACGGACCCCAUACCACACUGUGAUGAAGUUUGCGGUAAGGUCCUACCUUGUGGACACGAAUGCCGGCAGAUCUGUCAUACUGGAGACUGUGGUCUGUGUAUGAAAACCGUCGAUGUCUUUUGUAGAUGCGGAAAGACGGGGUCACCAAGCUUGUGUCUACAAGGGGAUCAGGGCGAGAAGCCCAUGUGCAGGAGGGUCUGCCAUACCACACUGAACUGCUUAAGGCACGAAUGUGGAGAAAGAUGUUGCUCCGGCGAGCAGAAAGCCAAAGAGAGGAUGGCGGCGAAGAAGAAAGUCAACGUGAGAGGAAGGACUGAGGAUUUCGAACCCGAGCACAUUUGCACAAGGGUAUGUGGGAAGCCACUUAAAUGUGGAUCGCACGAUUGUUCGGCACUUUGCCAUCGUGGAGCUUGUGGAAGCUGUCUAGAGGCAAGCUUCGACGAACUAGCUUGCCAUUGUGGCCGAACAAGAAUAAUGCCCCCGGUUCCCUGCGGCACGAAACCACCUUCCUGCCGCUUCCCUUGUCAACGUUCUAAACCCUGUGGCCAUCCCAAUCCCACCGACCACCUCUGCCACCUCGACGACGAAGCCUGUCCGAACUGUCCUUACCUUGUCCAAAAACGAUGCGUUUGCGGGCGUACUGUUAUCAAAAAUCAACCUUGCUACCGCGAUUCCGUUUCCUGCGGCCAAACUUGCGGGCUCCCUCUUAGCUGUGGUAGUCACAUCUGCCUAAAAACUUGCCACGCAGAAGGCGGCUGUCAGGAACCCUGCACUCAGACUUGCAAGAAAUCACGGCCGCUCUGUGGACAUGAUUGUCAGGAGGCUUGUCAUGCACCGUUCGCAUGUAGUGUUAACAUUCCUUGUGCGGCGAAGGUUACUACAUCUUGCCCAUGUGGGAAUGUUAAGCAAGAAGUUACGUGUAACACAUCGAUGAACAAUCAGCAUCCGAAACGUCCAGAAAUCAAGUGUAUCGACGACUGUAGGCGACGCCAACUUGCUGCUGCUUUCAACGUCGACCUCGAGAAAAAAGCGGCAGAGGAAGCCAUCAAUGCCUAUAGCGAUGAAACGCUACAGUUUUAUAUCGACAAUAAAGUAUGGUGCGCAGGGAUUGAGAAGAUGAUGAGGGAGUUUUGUGAAGAUUCCGGGAAGGUCAGGUUAGCUUUCAAGCCGAUGAAGACUCUUUUCAGAGGAUUUAUUCACGGAUUGGCGGAGGAUUAUGGAUUGGACUCUGAGAGCCAGGAUCCUGAGCCGUACAGGAGUGUGGUGGUUAUGAAAAAUGGAACGUGGCAAAUGCCCAUCAGGGUGUUGGCGGAUGCGGUGAAGGUUAGAAGACAGGAAGCGGCUCUUGCUGCCGCGUCUUCGAGUGUCAAUGCUACGGCGAAUGGGAUCCAACAAUUACGAAAAACGACAGGAUUACCUGCUGUUAACGCCAUACUCCUAAGCGGAUUAAGAGUCGGAUUGUUGACGAGUGAGUUGGAGAAGGAGUUGGCAGGUGUGCUCAGGCAGGGAACAUUGAGGUUCGGGAUUAGAUGGUAUGGAGACGAAGAGGUGCUUUUAGAACCUUUACCUUCCUCUUUUUCGACCGAGGAAGUUGAAGUUGAAUUGGGAAAUGUUAGGGGUCUUGUUAGGCGCCAUUGUGUGGUCAAUCGAAUUGCAAGUUCGGUAGACCUUUGUUAUGUUGGAAGGGACGGGAAAGUUACUGGGAAGGAAGGGCAAGGGUGGAAUGUAGUUUCUGUGGGGAAGGGAAUCAAAGCUGCUGCUCCACCAGGGCCACAGACCGCAGGGUCAUAUGCGAACCUGUUUGGAGUGUUACAACAAGGAGGCAGUGCGGGGUCGAAAGGGUUGGCUGUUAAAAGCGAUGUUGGGCAGCGGAAGGAUAAGGUUCUGAGUCCAGUGCUACCAAAAGAAGAGCCGGUGGAUGAUUGGCUUGAGGCGGUUGAAGCAGAAGAAAAGGCGGCUGCUUCUGCUGCCGUUUCCGCUGCUGCUUCCGGAGGGGAGGAUAAUGGUGGAGAGUUGAGUGCUGAUGAGGAUGGGAAGGAGGAUGUUGCUGCUGCUAGUACCGUCACUGUCGUUGGUACUAGCGAUGGUACCGGUGCUGGUACUACAGCGUGA